AUGGCGGGCAUCGCUGUCGAAGUUGGAUUACUGCUGGCCGGAUUGAUAGCUUCGAGUCAGGAAGAGAAGAACACGAACAAAAGGGAUCGCUUGUCUGAUCUUGGUAAUACACUUCAGGACAUGUCAGCGCGACUACGCGGAACGUACGAGUCGGCGGAGGCUUUACUACCCAAAGAUGAAUCGGAAGUCGUCAUCUGGAAAGCCGCUAUAUCUGAGAAAGGGGUGAUAACAAUAAGUAAAGCAAUCCACAACUUUAGCGAUUUCCUAUUUCCCAGUGCAAAUCUGAACACGAUUAGUAUAGCCGAUCUCUUUUACCGCAGGUUUCUCAUGAGGAAGCUUGAAAUCCAAGUACAAGGUAUUCUAGCGUGCGUCAAGAAGGCACUUCCUCCCGUCACGGAGAUCAGGACCGCCCUGGGUACGUUCGAUGAUUUGGUGAAGAGUGGAGAAAUCAGCAAAGAGAAAGCGGAGCAAGCAAAACAGAAAGUGCUUGCGGAGUAUCGCAGCGUAGACAUUCAGUUGCCGAUCCUUCCGUCAAAUCAGACCAUAUACGAUGAGCUCCAUCAGAGGGAUGUUACCACCAAGGUGUAUAUGGAUGAGGACCCGUCCCUCGCAGACACAGAGAAAUGGCUUUCAACAAUCUGA